AAUUGCCAUGCUCCACUUCAAAAAUAUAAACGGCUGACUCUAGUGCAAAUGAGUUCAGUACUGAUGAAGCCUGCGUCCUUGUAUCUUCAUCAAGUUACUCAUAUCUGAUAUGAAUCCCUUGUUCUUGCUUAUGAUUCUACACCUCCUGUUCUUCCUUAACCAGUCAUCAUUUGCUAUCGACGAACACCAGUUCGUCUACUCUGGUUUCACCGGUGCUAACCUCACCCUCGACGACAUGGCUUCUAUCACGCCAGAUGGCUUACUUGAGCUGACAAACGGCAGCCUCUGGCAGAAAGGCCAUGCCUUCCAUCCAACUCCAUUCCGCUUCAGCGAGACACCCAAUGGGACGGUGCAUAAUUUUGCUGUCACAUAUGUCUUUGCCAUCUACUGCGUCCAGCCUGACAUCUGCGGCCACGGCAUCGCGUUCCUCAUCGCUCCAACGAACAACUUCUCUGACGCAAUGCCGACGCAGUACAUGGGCCUCGUCAACGACCACAACAAUGGGAACGCAACCAACCACUUGUUCGCUGUUGAGCUCGACACCAAUCAAAAUGACGAGUUCAAGGACAUAAACAACAACCAUGUUGGAAUCGACGUCAACGGGCUCGAUUCUGUGAACUCCAGCAGCGCCGGCUACUACGACUACAGUAAUGGUAACUUACACAACUUAACACUUGCAAGCUACAAAAUGAUGCAGGUUUGGGUGGAAUAUGACGGGCAUAGCACACAGAUCAAUGUGACCUUGGCUCCCCUAAACAUGGCCAAGCCAUUGAAACCACUGCUCUCUACUACGAACAACCUAUCACAAGUGAUCAGAGACAAGGCAUAUAUUGGCUUCUCAUCAUCAACCGGUUCAUUCAUUGCACGGCAGUACGUACUUGGUUGGAGUUUCGGCAUGAACAUGCCUGUUCUACCCAUUGAAAUCACCAAGCUGCCAAAGCUACCCCAUGAAGGUCCCAAUCCUCGAUCCAAGGUUUUGGAAAUCAUGUUGCCAAUAGGCACUGCAGCAUUUGUUACUGCUGUGGGCACCAUUGUCAUUCUUCUCAUUCGAAGGAAACUAAGGUAUGCUGAACUACGAGAAGAUUGGGAAGUCGAGUAUGGACCACAUAGAUUUUUGUAUAAGGACUUGUAUUAUGCUACUGAAGGAUUUGACAACAAGAAUCUACUAGGCAUUGGGGGGUUUGGAAGGGUAUACAAGGGAGUUCUUCCAAUGUCUAAACUGGAGAUUGCUGUGAAAAGAAUCUCCCAUGACUCUAAGCAGGGCAUAAAGGAAUUUGUUGCUGAGGUUGUAAGCAUUGGCUGCCUCCAACACCGUAAUGUAGUGCAGUUAUAUGGCUAUUGCCGUCGAAAAGGUGAACUUAUUUUAGUGUAUAAACACAUGUCAAAUGGAAGUCUUGACAAGUAUUUGUAUGAUCAAGAGAAGAAGCCAACUUUGAGUUGGGAUCAAAGACUCCGAAUAAUCAAAGGAGUUGCAUCUGGCUUGCUUUACCUUCAUGAGGAAUGGGAGAAAGUGGUACUCCAUCGGGACAUCAAGCCAAGCAACGUGCUCCUCGACGAUGAAAUGAAUGGAUGUCUAGGCGAUUUUGGCCUAGCAAGGCUAUAUGACCAUGGUGCCGAUCCUCAAACCACACAUGUUGUUGGUACCAUAGGAUACCUAGCUCCAGAGUUGGCACGCACCAUCAAGGCAACACCACUCACUGAUGUAUUUUCCUUUGGUAUAUUUGUUCUUGAAGUCACUUGUGGGCGAAAGCCCAUCGAGCAAACUACGCAAGGUAACACGCUGAUCUUGUUCGAUUGGGUGCUCGAUUGCUGGAACAAAGGAUCACUGACAGAUGCAGUGGAUGUCAAGCUCAAAGGUGCCUACAAUGUUGAUGAGGCACGCCUAAUACUAAAGUUAGGAUUGAUGUGCUCGCACCCGUUUACAAAUGUAAGGCCAAACAUGAGGGCAAUCAUGCACUAUCUCAACGGCGAUAUGCCACUACCUGAUCAGCGAACGCCAGCAGAUAUGAGCUUCAACAUGCUUUCCUUCAUGCAGAACAAAGGCUUCAACCCGGUGACCAUGACGAACUCAUUAUCGGUGACAAACAACAGCGCAAUAUCUGAUCUGUCAGGAGGUAGAUGAAAUGCCUAGAUUAUUUAAAACUUGUCCUUAUAAUAUGCAGACAUGUACCCGAUGCACUGUCAAUAUAAUCUGAUUGUAAAUAUAAGCAUGUAUUAUCAUAUA